UAUUAUUAUUAUUAUUAUUAUUAUUAUUAUUCAAGCCUUUAGGUUAGAAUAACCUGAUGUAUGAUUAUUUGUUGCACUUCUGUGCUUCAGUGUUUGCUACAUAAAGCUGUAGUCCGUCACUGUCUGCCCGGCUCAUUAACAUCAUCAUGUAGCCUUGAGGUCGGUCAUGUGGUGACGCCACGGCCAAGCGUGCUGAUGUAACGGGGCAGCGGAGCACCGACUCACGGGGGAGACCAGGAAGUUUUACCGGGAAGGCUGUCGGUCCGAUUGUCAAGUUCACACACGGUGUAAAUUUGUCAGUAUGUCAGGUUUGUGAAGCGAGGACACCGAUGGUUACCAAGAGCGGCUGCAGAGUGACUCCCAGUUCCUGUGCUCAGAUCAGAGGAUGGACACUGAGCUGGUUGACAGACUUGUCCUGCAGCUCAACAGGAUCUACCCGCAGAUACUAAGUGACAAGGAAGCCCACAGGUUCAGGAACCUAAGUGUGCCCACCAAGGUGCGGUUAGCAGACCUCUUGAAGCACCUGCACAGAAAAGGAGAAGAGGCAUGCCAUGAAUUCUACAGAGCCCUUCACAUCCAUACAGAGGACAUCUACUCUAGCCUGCCCAGCAGAGUCAGAGAAAGAGAGGUGGCAGAUUCAAAAUGCACUAACGACAAGACAGUUCGGCAAGAGCGAUAUGUGCUUAACGACAGAGGACCAAUGUUCUUCCUGAGCUGCUUCAGUUUUGUAGUUGGAAUUGCAAUACUCUACUAUUACGGAGACACAGAGGGUGAAACCUUGAGAUGCACUGGAGUGUUUCUUCACUGCUCGGCUGUAAGACUGAGUAAAGAUGCUAGAGAUGUUUUCAUUUCAUAUGGAGAAGUUGGAAAGUAAAAAAAAAUGAAAACAUCGAGGCAAUGAGAAGAAGAAGCCAUGAAAAAUGUCUUUUUUUCUGUGCCAAACUCAUCAUUUUCCUAAACCUCACAUACUAAUUUAUGUACGAAAGUACUAAUUGGAGGAACGUAACUUGACCUGACACAUUCUGUCACAAAUUCUCACAGCGUACAUCUGAAAUGGCAGAACUAUGCAACGUUCUUCCAGAGUACUUGUAUGUAUGAUUCUUGCCUGGAUUUCAUGUUUGUAGAUAGCUAUGAAUUUCUUUUUUUUU